UGCAGCAUCAACUUUCCGUCCAGCUGCCAGCAUCAUACGGACCAUGUCGUAUUUACCUCCAUUAUCCGGACUGGAAGAUUCACGUUGUUUGAAGCUGCGUCUGAGGACUUCCUGUGUCGUUCGAGACGAACGUCGGCUGACUUGACGCAGCUCGCGAAGCCCGUGGUCGCACCGCAGAGAAGUGAAGUUGAGCAUCCUGCAGAUCUUCAUGUUGAGAAGAGGGAAGAGUCAAACAUUCAACUGAGCAUCAGACUGUGCGGCAGCAAGACUGGCCGAGUGCGUCACGAUGGGUCACUUUAAGUUCGCAUGGCAGAGGACUUCCUCCACAGCACAUUCUUUGAUGCCGCCGUUCUACAUUUGAUGGCAUCAUUCUGCUGUCGAGCCGCACAGUCAACGCAAAACAAGUGGAAACUAUGAAGUAAACUAAAGUGGAUAUAAUUUGAUAGAAUUCAGGCAUCUUCAACCCAUUCUCCAGUUCAUGAUUUGGAUUGAAGUCUGUAGCCUGACCCAGGCAGACAGGCAUCCCACGUGUCUACCUGAGGUUGACCUUCCAUUUUAUGGAGGCCUUGCAUAGUCGCCUGACGACUGGGGAGCAGUCCGGAGGUCAAGAGCACUGUCAACCAGAGUCUCCUCCCCGAGGACCACAGCCCAAGUCUCCCUCCCAGCCCCGGCAGCAGAAGCAAAGCGGCUCCCCAAAGCCCCAUGGCACGCUGCAGAAGCCCAAAGACUCCAGAAGACAGCAUCCUGAACGUAAACGCCUCAGGCACCAGCGACCGAGCAUCGACUCGGAUGCGGCGGUUGAACACAAUCAUGAGGCAACAAAAGCCACCACAGUUCCUACGUCGUCGCCAGGCUCACCUACCUCAGCAGGUGGCCCCACCCGGUCCGAACCAGAAACCCAGGAAGGCGCCACGAAACAGAAACGUGAGCGCAAGUCUCAGAGACCGGGCAAAUACGUCUGCACUUACUGCGGCCGUGCGUGUGCAAAGCCGAGUGUCCUCCAGAAACAUAUUCGCUCCCACACAGGUGAAAGACCAUAUCCCUGCGCCCCAUGCGGCUUCUCGUUUAAGACCAAGAGUAACUUGUACAAGCACCGCAAAUCGCACACCCACAGGGUGAAGGCCGGUCUGGCACUCGGGGAGCCGAGAACUGUCGAAGAGCAAGUCACUGAGUCAGAAGACGAAACCAGACGGCUUGUGUCAUCCUCUUCCCUCGCAGACAGGCAAAGCAGUGUGGCCUCAAUCAAGAGUCCAGACACAGACGGGGUCAAAGAUUGCACCGGAGGAAUCAAUGACUCGAAUGCAGUGAAAAAGAGACUGGCCUUGCGGCUCAGUCGAGGAAAACAUGGUUCUCGAGACUUAUCUGACGAAAAGUCUUCAUCUCUAAUUCUAGGGAGUAAAGGCAGUACAGAAUCCGGCUAUUUCUCUCGCUCUGAAAGUACGGAGCAGUCACAGGACAGCCCGCCGAACACAAGUGCCAAAAGCUAUGCAGAGAUCAUCCUCGGCAAAUAUGGGCGUCUCGGACACCUGCAGAGGAUGUCCCGGCAACAUAACCAGCAGCCCUCUGGUCAGGAGGACAAAAGCAUCGCAUUCACAGUCCCUAAGAAGCAGGUUAUUGAUCACAUCACCAAACUCAUCACUAUCAACGAGGCAGUGGUUGACACCAGUAAAAUUGACAGCGUGAAGCCGAGGAGAUUCUCACUCUCCAGGAAGAAUAGUUCCGAGUCACAAAAGAGUUCAUCUGUGAAAGACGCAGUAAUACACAGCCCUAUAGCUGGAGAUCUGGGCUAUAAAAGCAGUGGCUCCAUCACCAUGGGAGUUCCAUGUGAGAAAUUUCAUCAUUCAUCCCAAAAUACCGAGCGGCCAGCUGGCCAGACAUCCACCGCCCCUUUGGUGAGAAGUCACUCGAUGCCAUCGGCAGCAAGUUCGUUUGGCGCCUCCGGCGGUGGCCUCAGCAAGUUCCGCUUAACUCAGUCCUUCGAUGAACGACAGCCCUCUGAAACGCAGGCGUCCCGCCGUUACCGGAUGCUAAAGCGGCAGCCGGCUAUUGAAAUCCCGCUCGGUGCCGAACUUCCAAAAGAAGACCAAGAGGGUUCCCGUUCACUUUACACAGACGUCGUCACCGCCGUGCCUGACCGCACGCAAAGCCAACCGCAGCCGUACGAGUGCGAGGCCUGUGGCACUGGAUGCAACGACUGGGAGGGUUAUAAGAAACACAAGAAAAGCCUGUGCUCAGUACGUCAUCCGAAAAACGAGGUGGUGAUUAGUCAAACGGGGUGCUCGCAGCUGAUUGACCAUGCGGUCAGAGCAGGGUCUUCAGCAAUGCGCAAGAGACGGAAAGAAGAGAGUUUGGAGUUUGACGAUCCUUCUUCUCCUUCAUUACCUUCUCCGGCCCUCUUGUCAGGGCAUUGUAAAGACCAAAGCAAUGUGGCUUACGAGGGCCACCAGAGACCCGCACUACAAACCUGUUCAGUCAUUCAACACACUCGUUCGUUUGAAAAACAGGAAUCUUUUUGCAAUGAUAGUCAAGGCGCCAAGGCAACAACCAACUCUCCACCUCAUGAAGAAUAUCAACUGGUGCCUCAGAAACAACCCCAGCAUUCGGCAAUACUAACAACUCGGAAGCUGGUCCCAGAAAUACUGGUUACAGAGGAUUCAUACACGAGAGCGUCGACCUCAUUAGAGCCAACAUCCACGGUGAAACGUUCAGAGAAACCCGACGAGUUUCAGUGGCCACAGAGAAGCCCGUCUCUGGCCCAGCUUCCCAUAGAAAAGCUUCCUCCGAAGAAGAAGCGCUUGCGUCUAGCCGAGGCUUCCCAAUCCUCCGGGGAAUCCAGUUUCGAAUCGAUAUCCCUCCCUCGCAGCCCGAGUCAGGACAGCAGUGCGUCGUAUGCAUCGAGUCGUUCCACGUCCUUUGAAGAGACGAAUAGACCAGACAUGGAGAUCACAGCGUCAACGCCACUGAGGAGAUCAAGAGCUCCUCACAUGUUGGCGGUGCCUGGGGUGCAUCAGCACAGAGAGGUGAGGCGUUCGGCGUCUGAGCAGGCGCCUCGUGACCCACGACCGAGCGUCCUCAUGGCUGAGACCCGCAGUAAGUCUUUUGACUACAUCCGUCUGUCCCCCGAGCGCUCCGCAGUUGGCUGGAGGGAAAGAAGAAAGUGUCUCCUCAUGAGACACACUGCUGUUCGAGAUCCAGAAGAGGAGGAGCAGCAGCAGUGUGCCACACCGAGCCGUAGUCCCGAACAUGUCGGCUCCACCACAUCUUCUAAAGCGAGCCCAACUUCUGUGUACUGCAGCAAGACUCCUACCUCCCCUUUAUCAGGUGACGCGGUCUUGCGUAAUCCAGGAUUACAAGGCAAAGAGCGCUUCUCUCAGUGGAAACUCAGUCAGAAUAUUCAGUUGACGGGCAGCUCGGAACUCACAUGUAUAGAUCAUGUAAAAAAAGAGGCUUCGCACAUCCAAACGGAGCAGCCACCCCGUCAAGCAACGCAACCCUAUCCUUCACACGGAGCAUCAGGGGCAGCCAGAGCUCACUAUCUCCCCAUGUCCACAGGGCUGAAGCUAGAGAUUCCCUUACUCCACGAUGAUUAUUCGGAGGUUCGAGUAAAUCCCUCUCACAUCCGGCACUCGGUGCCUCACAUCACUUCCAGUCCGGAGCUCCUGAGGCCAGUCCCGUCUCCAGCCGUAGCGGUGCGUCUCCAAACGGACACACUCACCCUAGCAUGUGCCAUAUAUACCACAUUUUCUCGGUCCACCUCGCCCAGGCCACAGGAGGCGGUUGAUGCUGUAACACCCAAUAUGGGCAUCCCAACGGCCGAAGCCAGAAACCAAAGGAACAAAAGUCCAGACCCUCAACCGCGGUCCGACGAUGGGUUGAAGAUAUCAGGCUCGGGGGGCAACAAGCGCAUGCUUUCCCCUUCAAACAGUGUAGAGCUCCUCCCUGGGUCUCAGCAGCAGCAGAAACGAGUAAAGGAAGAAGAGGAAGAGGAGUUGGGAUGUCGUGACGAGGCAACAGUGGACACAUGCAAUCAGGAACUCAAAAGAGAAAAUCAGACAUGUCCAACCAGUGUCUGUUCCCCCAUUGCACAUGUUGGCUCAUCAUACCCCAGUCUGCUGUCCAACACCUGUAAUAGCUGGUGCUAUUUAAACUACAUUAAACCAAACCCAUCCACUCUGGAUGAACAGAAGCCCUCAGUGUAUUCAUCGUGGUCCACCAGCAGCUAUGACCCCAACCCACCUGGCCUCUCAAGCAAGACGGCUCUCUCUCUGCUGCACUGCAAGCAGAGGCUCAGCCCCUCCAUCUACACCGUAUCCCCCACGUCAGUCAGGACCACCGAGUCGAUGGAGCAAGAGGACAACAAAAGGCUGUGCUCCUCUGAGGUUUACAGCCGGCCGUACUGCAGAGACCACGAGGGAACGAGGAAGGGACCGCUGUCGGCAGAUGGCAACAGGUCAGACAGAAAAGAAGAGGGGGAGGAUGAGAAGAAGAGCGAGGAGGAGGAAGUACAGUCGUGCUCCAUAAAUAAACAACCUCCAGAAGUUUGGAUCCCUGAGAGAGGAUCCACCGAGAAGUAUGCGCCCGUGCCCGGUGGAGGUGGGGGGGAGUGCCAAUGCGAGGACUGUAGAUUCCAGCUUCAGAAUGCCACCGGCGUGCCGCAAAAGUGCCCCCGCGGCAUCACAGGGUCGCCGCCGCAUAACUGCCCACGCGCCGCCCUUUCUCCCGAAGCCAGAGGAAGCCUCAUCGAACACUUCAGAUCAGAGUCCCGCGGAGAAGAAAUCUGUCGUGACCCGGAUGGCACAGAUGAAGGAGUCUGUGAAGAACGUUUACUCCAUCCAGACGAACAGAAAGAUCCUCAGCAGUCCGAUCGGGGGGAAAGUCCUGAAGAGGAGGCAGACGACGGCAGACCCGAUGAAGAGGGUCGGGCCCCGGUGGCCGAAAGCUCUCGCACUGCCUCCUCGAUGGAGCCUGAACCCGGCCGCUCCGUCCCGCUUUCCCCCGAGGGUUCGACCCCGCAGAGCUCAGCCGGCGCCAGGCGGGCGUUGUUCGCCCGCAGGCGCUUCGACGCGUCGGCGUCGGCGUCCUCCGGAGGCUCCCGCUCUCCAAGCGCCCGUCACCCCCGGAGUCCGCGCAGGGAGCCGUCUCCGCCUCGUAGCCCGUCACCCGGAGGUCGCCCCUCCCCCGCUGCCCCCUCUUCACCCGGUUGUCAUGUCUCCACCUCCGCUCUGAGACCAGUGUCCCCAGUCAGAGGUAUUUCUCCUGUAACGGUCCAGUCCUCCGGGCCUCCGGGCUCCCUUGCGGACGCCUUCGCCCCGUCUCAAGCUCGUCUUCACCCGGGAGACCCGUCGUCUCACGCGAGAGCGUUUGUGGAUGACGUCGGUCUGACCCGCACCGCCCCACAUCCCACGCGGCCUCGCGGAGCCCACACCCUCCUGAGCCACCUCCCUCUGCACUCCCAGCCGGCGGGCCAGGACCCGAGCCUCCUGAUUCCCAUCGGGGGGAUCCACAUGAUUCAGCCGCGGUCCACCCUCCCUCUGUACAGCCUGGUGAUCAGCCCCGCAGCCGCCGCGGCAGGCCCCGUCGGGAGAUCCUGGAAACUAAGCGACCCUCCGAAGGGGAGGUUCCCUCCGCCGCAGCGCCAGGAUACUCUAAAAGAGGCGUCGCCCGGCGGCCGGUCGGACGCUUUAUCGCACAAAGACAGUCGGGGAGGCUUCGGCGUACGGCUGCCGUCCAGCGCCGGGACGGAGGCGAGGCCUCCGGAGGUCGUCCCGGACGCACAUGUUACAGAGGUGUGUGUUUACCCCGAGUCCACCCAAGGCCAAAAAAAGGCUCCUUCCUCCCAGACACAACUCUGAUAGGAGGGAGAGUCUGAAGGGGCGGCGCAAAAAGACUGAGAACCAGCGCCUGUUGUCAAAACACGGCGCUGGUUUGGAGACCGAGGACAAAAGGCAAGAGCACUUCAGCACCGCUUCUGAAUGACGCUGUUAUGUAAUUAUAUUAAUAAUAUAUAGACACUAUGUUAGAUAUGCAGUAUGUUUUGUAAAUCUUUUUUUACCCUCUUGUUUGAUGUCAUCGGUGUUAAUUUAUUUACGUGCUAAUAUGCAAAUUCUGUACUAUAUGCAAAAGCAGCUGGAAUGAAGAUAGACACAGUUUUAAUCAGUUUCCUUAUUAACCCAUUCGACAGCUGUGAUAUACUAUUGCUGUGUUAAUGUACUGUAUUACCAAAAUGGAUAUAGAAAGGUACCGCAAAUAUUUAUUCACCCCGACCAGUAUUUUGAAGUGCAAUUUUAUGUCGAGAUUGUGGUAUGAAAUGUCAUUCUUAAAAGGCUGUGAUUAUUAUUAUUUGUCAGUUUUUGUUGUUGUUGUUGUCGUCUUUGUUUGAGUUCAAAGAAGCAGGGUUUACGAUCACCUCCUUUUCUAAUGUCUUCAGGAAAAGAAGUUUCACAGGAAGACAUUUGGAGUGCACUGACAAAUAAUUUGAUAUCCAGAGGAAACUUGUUUCACGUACAUGGUAGCUACGGUACAAGUUUUUUUUCAUAAAACAGAUACAUGUAUUUUUGUGUUGUUGCUUUUAUAAAUGAUACAAUCACUCUUGUCAUCUUCAUGUUUACCAUUAAACUUCUCAUUUUUACAGAUUUAUA